AUGGUAAAUGAAAAUCCCAACCUGGAGGAAAGAGAUGGCACCCCUGAGCAGGAGUUUGUGCUCCAGGAACAUCCCAGCAUGUCUGCCCACAUCGGCAUCUCUGUGUACCCCAGGAGUUCAACCCACUCCAGUACCUUGGCCCAUCCAGGUAUCUUGGCCAGCCCAAUUCUCAGCACACCCCAUAACUCAGGACACAAGGAUUUCACAGUGAUCAAGGUGAGCAAGCUUCAUUGGGCAGUGGUCCUGUUAUUUAGCUGCUACACAAUGUGCAAUGCCUUCCAGUGGAUCCAGUACAGCUCCAUUAGUAAUGUCUUGAACUUUUAUUAGGUCAGUCGCUUUGCCAUCGACUGGCUGUCCAUGUGCUACAUGCUGACCUACAUCUUUCUACUAAUGCCAGUGGCCUGGCUCCUGGAAAAAUUUGGCCUGAGCACCAUUGCCCUUGCUGGUUCUGCUCUCAACCACCUGGGGGCCUGGGUGAAGUUGGGCAGCCUGCAGCCACAUCUCUUUGCAGUCACCAUACUGGGCCAGGUCAUCUUCUCUGUGACCCAGGUCUUCAUCCUGGGCAUACCUUCCUGUAUAGCUUCAGUCUGGUUUGGACCUAAUGAGGUUUCAAAGGCCUGCUCCAUAACUGUCUUUGGCAAUCAGCUUGGAAUUGCAAUUGGGUUCUUUGUCCCUCCUAUUUUGGUACCCAAUAUCGAAGACAAGGACAAGCUUGCCUACAACAUCCACCUCAUGUUCUGCCUAAUAGGAGGUUUUGCUACUCUUUUUUUUAUCCUUGUCAUCAUUAUAUUCAAGGAGAAGCCUAAAUAUCCCCCCAGCAGGACCCAGUCCCUGGGCUAUGUCUUGGCAUCCCCUGAUGCUUCGUACUUAAGUUCCAUCACUCGGCCCUUCAAAAACAUGAACUUCAUACAUGGUCUGAAUGUUGGGGCUUUAUAUGCCUUGUCCACUCUGCUGAAUCGCAUGGUGAUCUUGCACUAUCUGGGGGAAGAAGUGAACACUGGAAGAAUUGGCUUCAUCAUCAUCAUUGCAGGAAUGCUUGGGGCUGUAAUCUCAGGCAUCUGGCUGGAUAGGUCCAAAACCUACAAGGAGACAGUCCUGGUUGUCUAUAUCAUGACUCUGGUGGGCAUGGUGGUGUAUACCAUGACCUUGAACCUGGGACAUCUGUGGGUAGUGUUCAUCACUGCUGGCACAAUAGGCUUCUUUAUGACUGGCUAUCUCCCACUGGGAUUUGAGUUUGCUGUGGAGCUGACAUACCCAGAAUCAGAAAGCAUGUCAUCUGGCCUCCUCAACACAUCUGCCCAGGUAUUUGGGAUCAUCUUUACCAUCUCCCAGGGCCAGAUUAUCAGCAACUAUGGGAACAUUUUUCUAUGUGUCUUCCUCACCCUUGGGACAGCCCUCACUGCAUUCAUCAAGGCAGAUCUCCGGAGGCAGAGAGCAAACAAAUAAAAUCCUGAGAAUAAACUCCAGGAAGAGGAGGAGGAGGAGAGCAAUACCAGCAAAGUACCCACCACUGUGUCUGAAGAGCAUCUCUGA